AUGGGAUCCUACUUCUCGACUCCCCGUAUCCAAGACGACAAUGCCACCACAUCUCAAACCGCCAACUAUUCCAACUACAGAUCAUCAUGGUUCACCCACCCAUCCACAGGUGAUUCUUGGUCCGCAGGAUUCAUAAGCCCGAAUAAUACCACUGGUCGUCCUCGAAGUAAUCCUUAUUCUGGUAAUUAUCUUGAUCCGGGUUGGGUUACUCCGAUUGUUAGGAAUGGCAAUUCGAGGAGAUUUACUUAG